CUUUGUGACUUUGUGAAACUUACAUAAGAAAGAAGUGCAUACGGAUCAGAUGGACGAAGCCAGUGGAGGUUUGCUAGAUUCGGCCUUGCAAAGGCCUUUGAAAGAUCAAGCCCAACCAAGUAGCUAUACGCUGAUGGAGGUGGAUGGCAGGAAUGGUGGCGCCGAGGAAGCAGUGGCAAUGGAAGUUGACGGUGUUCGUGCAGCAGCCACGCCAUUGGAAAAAUUGCCGGGAUCUAGGUCGGUGGUGGGAGAUCGUGUGGUUCGUGAAGUUGAUGUCCUCCUUUGCCCCCGGCCGGAGAACGAUGGCAUGCAGCUAUACCUCCUUCAAUACCCUCUUCGGCCGGCUUGGCGGCCGUACGAACUGGAGCAGCGGUGCCAGGAGAUCCGCGUGAAGCCUAAGCAAUCAAAGGUGGAAGUGGACCUGUUUGUUGACAGUCACACGGAGAACUACGAUCAGGAGGCGCACGACCACUUGAAGAUAACGCAGCAGACAUUAUCGUCUUCCCGUCUGCAGCUGCAAGCUAAUUAUGCAAUUGGUCUGUUGCGCGAAAAUGAACUCCACCUCUCGCCAUUGAGCGCUGUUGUUCAGUUAAGGCCGAGCAUGAAGUAUCUUGACGCAGCGGACGAGCGGAAGCGAGCUGUAGAAAAAGUGAACGAGGAGGAGAAUGAGGAGGAGGAUGGUGGUGGUACUGGCCCUUCGGGCCUCGUCCCGCUUCAAGUGCAGAUUCGGCGGAAGUCGACAGAGCAUGACGAGGAGCAACGAAUGCAGUCGUAUGCAUACUUGAAGCAGCAAGAAGAUGCUGAAGCAUGGGUCAUUGUGGAGCCGCAUGCAUCCGGUAGCGACGAAACCAUAAAAAGGAGGAAUAUGAUGAUAUCGUCUUCGAAGGGCACACCAACCACCGUGCUGUCGCCCGAAGACUACGUGCUAACACUGAUGCCAGGAAGGCUUUCUGGCAGUGGACAUGAGGCGGUUUCGCAGGAUGGAACGGGAAGUGCUGGCCUGUCACGCAGCUUCUUGGAGACGCUUCCGCUGGAUCGUCGCAUCCAUGUUCUUUUGUCUAAGGGUCAAACUCACAUUCUCCAGUUCGACCGGCUGAUGAAGCUUGCACCUCACGGUAGCUCAGAGCUACAGCUUCUUGAGGUUGUGCAGCGGAAGGCGAUGCUCGUGCAGGGAUGCUGGGUGGCAGCCAGUUACCUGCGAUACAAUCGCGUUGUCGCAACGAUUCGUGAUUACAUCCUGCUGCUGUUCACAAAAAAUCGCAUCGUGACGCGCGAUAUGCUGGAGCCGCUGAACGUGUCGAAAGAGAUACUAAGAGAGAUUCUUUCACACCUUGCAGUGCAGAGGGGACCAGGGAUGGGGUGGGAAUUCCACGAAGACACGGACAAGCAUUUCAUUAGGAAGCACGGGGGGAUCGUCAAGGAGCAGGCCGGCCUGUGGGAGAUAUCGGAGGCGAACAUAACCAAAGCUGCGUUAUCGAUCAGAAUCACCACUGCGCAAGAGCUUGGCAAUCCAGCACCUAUAAGUGAGGAGGUGGAGACAAGAGUGUGGGACGAGGUAAUGGCGAGGAGUGCAAAGAUAGCUGGUGGGAGCGAGGCACUUAAGGGGGGGGUCGCUGGUGCAAGAGGGGGGGGGGGCAUAUCGGGUACAGACACGGACUUGUCUACGGGUGCCGGCGGUGGUAAAGGGCGGGGCUUGCUACAGGGCCUCGCUGUGGGGAGAGGAAAGGCGGCAUUGGAGUUGCCAAUACCCGGCGGAACGAUGUCCGAGGAAACAAAGGCUGCACUUCCGGGCGCGCUGAGGGAGAUCUUUCUCAAACACAAUGUCUGCAAUCUGCAGUUCAUAUGUCAGUGCCUGCGCGAGAGAGCGAUUUCCAUCUCCGCUGCUCCAAAGGUGAAUCCCGCCGUCGCAGCAACCGCUCUCGCUGCAGCAAAAGCAGCCUCUGCACCUGUUGCUGAGCUCUCGGCUGCAAUUUGCAAUGUCGCCACGUGUAUCGAUGGCAUCUACUUCCUGCAAUCCCUCGGAAACCCCACGCUCGACCCCUUCAGGGAGGUGGUCGUCGCCCUCUUGCGAACAAAGAAGGGUGCGUCCGCAGGUCUGAGGAAGGUAGACUUGAUCGAAGCCGCAAAGAUAGCACUGAAGGGUGAUGUGCCGAACAUUGUAUAUCAGAAGGUGUUGAAGGAGCUGUGCUACACAAGAGGAGGAGUUUGGGUUCUCAAACCAGGAGAUGGAAGGCCAUCGUAACAAAAAAAAAAAAGAAGAAGAAAAGAGGACAGACAGAAAAAAAGAGGGGGAUGGAAGGGCUGCUGUGAGUGCGAGUGAUGUGUCUGGCAAUCUUUCUACUCUCUUUCUGCCGUGAGGGAUGUGUCUGCCAAUCAUCGAACAAAAAAGUUUGGAAAAAUGUGUCUGGCAAUCAUCGAACAAAAAAGUUUGGAAAAA